AUUAAGCUGGUGUUCUGUUUGUCUCUUUCCCACAAAAUUUCACCCAUUUUAUCUCCGUUCUCACCGCAAUUAAACCCAAACCCACCACCGCCGCCGCCGCCUCCUACUAUUUCUCCCCGCCGACCCUCAAAUGCAAGCCUCUGGUGAAUAAAAAUCCAAUCUUUUUCCUUCUAUUUCCAAGAAAUGGGGAAUAAAUUCAUUUGCAUGAGCAAGAAAGAUUCCAAGAAUGGUGGGAUUGGAUCGAGAAGCAAAAGGGGCAGUCUUUCAAAGCGGAGGAGCUCAGUGGAGGAAGAAUUCUUGCAUAAGCAAGCCCUAGCCAUGGCGAUUCAGCAGCACCAGCUCUCUCAGCGAUUUGACAAUGGCUCCAUGUCCCGCCGCCUCGGAUCCACCUCCUCCCGCCGCCGCGCCGCCGCUUUGUCAGACCCUUUUUCCACCGCCGCUGCCAAGCCGUUGCCGGAGUUUCUGGAGAAUAUCAAGACGAAGAAAUUUGUUUUGGUACAUGGCGAAGGAUUCGGAGCGUGGUGUUGGUAUAAGAGUAUUGCUCUGCUCGAGGAAUCUGGACUGCUUCCGGUCGCUUUGGAUCUAGCUGGAUGUGGAAUUGACACAACGGAUGCCAAAAAUGUCACGACGCUAGCAGAGUACUCCAAGCCUUUGAUCGAUUUUCUGCAGAGUUUGCCCGAGGACGAAAAGGUGAUAUUGGUCGGCCACAGUAGUGGAGGCGCUUGCAUCUCCUACGCGUUAGAGCAUCUUCCCGACAAGAUCUCGAAAGCCGUCUACUUAUGUGGUACGAUGAUAGCGGACGGGCAGAGACCUUUUGAUGUGUUUGCUGAAGAGCUCGGUUCCGCUGAGCUCUUUUCGGCAGAGUCAAAGUCUCUAAUAUACGGAAACGGGAAAGACAACCCCCCAACCGGAUUCAUGUUCGAGAAGCCACAUCUACAAGGGCUAUAUUUCAACCAUUCUCCUACAAAGGAUGUUGCUUUGGCAAUGGUUUCUAUGAGGCCUAUCCCUCUUGGUCCGAUGAUGGAGAAGCUGUCUCUAUCGGCUGAGAAAUAUGGGACGGGCAGGCGAUUCUAUGUUCAAACGUUGGACGAUAAUGCCCUUUCGCCUGAUGUCCAAGAAAAGCUGGUAAGGGAAAACCCUCCGGAAGGAGUGUUGAAGAUCAAAGGCAGUGAUCACUGCCCUUUCUUCUCAAAGCCUCAGGCUUUGCAUAAGAUCUUGCUUGAAAUAGCUCAAAUUGCUUAGAAAUCUAUUUCUAAAUAUUAUUUGAAGCAUUAUUUGAUGUAGUUAUAGUGUAUGAUACUACAAGAAAAUAUGCUCAAUACAUGUAGAAAUUGUUUCAAUUGGUAAAAAUUUAGGACUUUCAAAGCUCAA